GCCGCACACUCCGUGCUUGUGGAAGUUGUCAUGGAGAUAGAACCGUCCCCGGCGUCUGCUCGCUGGGGUGUUGCCAUGGAGAUCCCGGCUCGAGGUCCGCUCACGGCAGUGCUGGAGGAAGAGAGCAUCUCGCGGCUGGGGUCCGAGAAGCGAAUUCAGGACCUUGGAGAGAAGCGGUGCCGAGGACCCCCUUUCAGCCAAGGGAACUACUACAUGCUCAUAGUGAUCGGAGAGAUAGCGACAGACCACCAGCUGCAACGCGCCAGAGACCACUUAGAGCGGGGGAUCCGCUCCUGGGACGUCAGCCUCAAGUCAUGUGACCUGGACCAUCAGCUGCAGCUGUUUGUGACGCGUCACUCCGCACAGUUCUCCGCAGAGGUUAGAGGACAACGGACUCUCCGCCACAAAAGUGAUGUCCUAGAGACUGUGGUGUUAGUCAACCCAUCCGAGGAUACGGUUGCUUUAGAGAUCCAGUCUCUUGUCACAGACUCAGCAGGACAUAAGCUCUUGGUCCUGAGUGGGCAGAACUCAGACCACGGUGACCUGCUUCUCCAAAGUGGAGUUUUCACCUAUCAGAGCUUCUCACAAGUCUUUGCUGAUCCUGGGGUCAGUGAUUUGCUGGGCGAAGCGGCCCCCGAGCAGCGGGCCACACUCACUGUGUCCUGCCGAGCGGAGGUGGGUUGGAGCUCCCUGGGUCAGCAGCAGCACUUACGGGAGUUCCUUGAGUACAGACUGAACCCUGAGCCUGUGCUCCCCAAGAUGGAGGGAGUCACAGAGUUCACGGAGUACAUCUCCGAGACGGUAGACGUGCCUUCGCCCUUUGACCUCCUGGAGCCGCCCACAUCUGGAGGCUUCCUGAAACUGUCCAGGCCCUGCUGCUAUGUCUUCCCUGGGGGGAGGGGCGACUCGGCCCUGUUUGCGGUCAAUGGCUUCAACAUUCUAGUGGAUGGAGGCUCUGAAAGGAAAUCAUGCUUCUGGAAGUUGGUCAGACACUUGGACCGCAUCGACUCGAUUUUACUCACUCACAUUGGCGCAGACAAUCUGCCAGGCAUCAACGGGCUUCUUCAAAGGAAAAUAGCAGAGCAGGAGGAGGAACAGUCACAAGGCUCUGCUAGCUACAGCGACUGGAUGAAGAACCUGAUCUCUCCAGAGCUCGGUGUGAUCUUCUUCAAUGUACCCGAGAAGCUACGUAUGCCAGAAUCAAACCUAAAGGUCAAGCGUAGCAUCGAGGAGGCCUCACUCACGUUGCAGUACCUCAACAAACUGGGAAUCAAGCCGGAGCCUCUCUGUAGACUGGUCAGUAACCCUGUUGAGCCUUUAACUCUUUUCCAUAAGAUGGGAGUGGGCAAGUUAGACAUGUAUGUUCUGAACCCCGUCAAGGACAGUAAAGAGAUGCAGUUUCUCAUGCAAAAGUGGGCGGGUAACAGCAAGGCCAAAACUGGCAUUGUGCUCCCCAAUGGAAAAGAGGGAGAAAUAUCUGUACCUUACCUGACGUCAGUUACAGCAUUAGUCGUCUGGCUUCCUGCCAAUCCUGCAGAAAAGAUUGUCAGAGUGCUGUUCCCAGGAAACGCACCACAAAACAAAAUCCUGGAGGGCCUGGAGAAAUUAAAGCACCUUGACUUCUUGCGAUACCCGGUAGCCACACAAAAAGACAUUGCCUCAGGAGCUCCACCUGCUGUUGUAAAACAGACAAAGCUGAAGCAAAGGACAGACAGCAAAGAGAGUCUCAAAUCAUCUCCCAAGACUACCAAAUCCCCAAAGAAAGAAGCAGACGAUGAGGUUUCGGUGACCACAGAGGCAAAGAGUGACUCUGUGAAGGAAGGUAGGAAACUGGUAGAGAAUGAAAAACCCACAAAAAUACUAAAAUCCAAGACUGAUGGACCAGAAAAUAAACAACUUUUGAAGGAGAAAUCCUUGAAAAAACACUCAAAGGAAAGGGCAUCCAAGAUGGAUGAGAAAAAAGACAAGGAAAAGAAAGAGAUCAAACAUGUCAAGAAAGAUGACGCAACUAAAAAAGAAGACAAAAAAAAAGACCCCAAAGUUGACAAGAAAAAGGACACGUCCAAACCAGAGUUGAGAAAGAUAACAAAACCUGACCUAAAACCCCUCACACCAGAGGUCAGAAAGACCCUGCACAGGGCAAAAGCGUCAAGUAAACCCAAAACCGACAAAAGCAAAGUCAAAACGGCCAAGGCAGAGCCUGCUGAACCCAAAUCUGAGGAACUAGCAGCAGAUACCAUUCAGCCUGAGCCAUUACAGAAUGGGGCUGGUGAGGGCAUGUCUGCUUCCUCCACUCCAGAGGAUCUUACCAAGCCACCAGAGAGUGCAGUGGAGACACCAGCAGAAGAAAGCAUGACCGAAUCCCCUACCCAGGAGGAGGAGAAAGAACAGGAAACUGUCUCUCAAACUCCAACGGGCACAAAGUCACCUGAGAAGGGAGCAGCCACAGCAAUGGGAUUUGAGACUGAAUCUCAAAGAAAAGAGGACAAAUUAGCACAAGAGCAUAAAGAAGAAUUUCAAGCACAGGAUGUGGAUAUCUAUGAGGAUGAGGGAGCUGCCAUUGAGGACGAUGAGGUGGAGGAAAAAGAAGGCCUGAUAGCAGAGAGGAAAAUGGUAGAGGAAGAGGAAGAUAUGGGGAUAGGGGAGGAGGAAGAGGAAGGAGAAGAUAACAGACUAGACAGGAAACAUGAGGUGGAGGAAAUGGAGAAAGCUGAAAAGCCCACAGCUAUGGCUAAAGAGGAAAGCAGAAGGCCUUCAUCCCAGGAGGAGGAAGAGGAAGAUGAAGAUGUUGUUGAAAAGGCCGAGCUGGAAGAGGUAGAAGACUUAGACGUGAUAGCUGAUGAAGAGGUCAAAGACAAACCUGAAGCGGGAGAGAAAGAAACAUCGGCCAAGAACUGGGAAAGCAAAGCAGUCGAACAGACUGCUGGAGCCAAAGAGGAGGAUGAGGAAGAUGAGGAAGGCUACAUCUCAAAUGUUGGAGGCGCUACAGCCGACAUAGUAUCAACACUGCAAGGAGCCGCUGCUGCCGAGCCCAUCUCCUUCAUUCAAGACGAAACCAUUCCCGGUUACUCCGAAACUGAACAGACCAUCUCGGAUGAGGAGAUUCACGAGGAGGCGGAAGACAGGAUACCACACCUCCAAUACGAAGUGGGUACAUAUGACAUCUCUGUCCCAGAUCAGACAGGCUCCUUGGACACCAUCCACAGGAUGAAGGAGAUGCAAGCAGCAGCUAUGGCUGAUGUAACAACCAAAGGUUUCAUGAGUGGACAGGAGCAAGUAUCAGUAUUCACUAACAUCAUGUCUGCUCCCUUGGCAGAGGAAGAACUUGUUUCCUCAGCCACAUCCAUCACGGAGUAUGAUAAAUUGUCCUCCUUUCCUACCUCUAUUGCAGAGGACCAAUUGGUUACUCCCGUCACUACACCUCAGACUGAGGAAACGGGCAAAAGCUCACUGGUUAACGAUACUGUUAACAGCGUUCCCAUGGCAAUUCCAACCGAGGCCACACAUGGGAAAGAACACUUCCACUCUGCUGGGACCAUCUCACCAACAUCAUCCUUGGAGGACGACAAGUGCUUAAAGUCACCUCCAUCUGAGGAGUGCCUUCCUGUUGUCUCUGAUGUGAAGACUGAGGAUAAGGUCAUCAAGGCUCACGACGAAGAGGAAGAAGAAGAAGACCAAACUCCUAACGUUGACAUUUCACGUGAAAAACUACAGGAGAGUUUUUGCUCUCCUCAAAUGUUCCAGGAUAGAGAAAGGGAUGUGGAAAAGCUCCCUGAGUCUCGUGUCUCCAAACCUGUUCAGGAUUUGAAGCUGGAUCAACCACCAGUUGAUGAGGAGGUAGAGCUCUUUAAGUCCAAAGAAGACAUCUCCACGGCAGUGCCUCCAAAACCCCUUUCACCUCCACCCUCUUUCUCAAAGCCAUUUAGGUCAGACUCAGUUACUUCAGAAGGUGAAGAGCGGUGCUUCAGUCCAGACGAUAGCACUGUGAAAAUGGCCUCUCCCACACAGUCUGGACCUCCCAGUGCAACCCACUCUCCUCUUCAUCAGUCGCCUGUGGAAGAAAAGACCAAGAGCUUCCCAGGACUGGAGCAUCAAACACAGGAGGACAUUCAUGAUUCAGCCACCAAAACAGACAAUGAGGAUGCGAAGAAAGAUCCAGAAGAUAAUAAGGAAAACCUAGAUGCUGCCAUCCAGAAAGAAAGUCAACGUGAGUCAGAUGCACCACCAUCUGGGGAGAAAUCAUUUGAACAAGACUUGGCGGUUACAAAAGUAGAAGAAAAAGAUGGUCUCUCCGCUUCCACAGAUGAGAUCCAACUGAAACAGGAGACAACUCCUCUUCCCUCUGAGUCAGUCACAAGGAAAGAUGAAGUUUCCUUAUUAGGAAAGGAAUCUUUACGGGAAGACAUUUCUAGUGGUGAGGCUAUACUCGGACACAGUGAUGAGGAAGAUGAUGAUGACCAUCAAGAGAAAGAAUCCAAAGUGUGCAGUAAGGCUAAAUUUCCAAAGGAGAAGGAGAGUAGCUUCUUAGAUGAUGACGACGGUGAGGAUGAUGAUGAUGAUGAUGAUACUUCUGAUGUAAAACCCAUAAAACAGGACAUGAAGGAGAAAGAGACAGAAAAGGUUGGUACCACUGAAGCUGAACCCAUCAAGGAAGAUACAGAUUUGAAAGUGAAGGAAAAAUGUGAUAUUCAUGAAGUUGAACCCAUCAAGGAAGAUAAGAAAGUAACAGAAAAGGUUGGUACGACUGAAGUUGAACCCAUCAAGGAAGAUAAGAAAGUAACAGAAAAGGUUGGUACGACUGAAGCUGAACCCAUCAAGGAAGAUAAGAAAGUAACAGAAAAGGUUGGUACGACUGAAGUUGAACCCAUCAAGGAAGAUAAGAAAGUAACAGAAAAGGUUGGUGCUACUGAAGCUGAACCCAUCGAGGAAGAUAAGAAAGUAACAGAAAAGGUUGGUACGACUGAAGUUGAACCCAUCAAGGAAGAUAAGAAAGUAACAGAAAAGGUUGGUGCUACUGAAGCUGAACCCAUCGAGGAAGAUAAGAAAGUAACAGAAAAGGUUGGUACGACUGAAGCUGAACCCAUCAAGGAAGAUAAAGAUACUUGUGGGGCCGAGCUCAUCAAGGAGAAGUGUGAACCUCUGAAAGAAGAGAAACAGAAAGAAAUAGAGACUAUAUUAACUUCUAAAGAUGAGCUAAGCUCUUGUAUCUCUACCUCUAAAUUGGAGCCAGCCUCAGACUCCACCACAACACAACAAAUAGUACAAGAGAAAGAUACCCUUGUGGCUGAAGCCAUGAAAGAUGAGACGAAAGAAAAGGAUACCUUUGACACUGAACCGAUAAGAGAAGAUAAAAUAGAAAAAGAGCGAGAUACCCUUGUCAGUGAACCGACGAAAGAAGAGCACAGAGAGAAAGAGAAGGGUGAUACAUGCAUGGCUGAAUCCACCCAGGGCGAGAAUAAAGAAAAUUAUAAUUUGUUUGAGAUGGAAGAGAACAUGGAGAAAGAGAAAGAUGAUACUCAUGUGGCUGAUGUCAGUAAAGAACGGAAGAUGGAAAAUGAGCAAGAGAAAGAAGAUACUAGUGAUUUCGAAGACGUCAAAGAUGAGACAGAUAGAGAUGAACGUUAUGAAGCUGAACCCAUCAGAGAGGAAAGCCAGAAAGAUAGAGAUGAACAUUAUGAAGCUGAACCCAUCAGAGAGGAAAGCGAGAAAGAUAGAGAUGAACGUUAUGAAGCUGAACCCAUCAGAGAGGAAAGCCAGAAAGAUAGAGAUGAACGUUAUGAAGCUGAACCCAUCAGAGAGGAAAGCGAGAAAGAUGGAGAUGAACGUUAUGAAGCUGAACCCAUCAGAGAGGAAAGCGAGAAAGAUAGAGAUGAACGUUAUGAAGCUGAACCCAUCAGAGAGGAAAGCCAGAAAGAUGGAGAUGAACGUUAUGAAGCUGAACCCAUCAGAGAGGAAAGCCAGAAAGAUAGAGAUGAACGUUAUGAAGCUGAACCCAUCAGAGAGGAAAGCGAGAAAGAUAGAGAUGAACGUUAUGAAGCUGAACCCAUCAGAGAGGAAAGCGAGAAAGAUAGAGAUGAACGUUAUGAAGCUGAACCCAUCAGAGAGGAAAGCGAGAAAGAAAAUGAAACAGCUGACAAAGUCAAAGAUGAGAAGAGCAAGGAAGAGACAGAAAAAUAUGAUUCUCAUGAGAUUGAACCUGCGAAAGAGGAGGAAGAGGAGAUGCAAGAGAAAGAUCUACGAGAGGCCUUACAGCGCACCACACAGACAAGAACGGUAGAGAAACUAGAGGUGACGUCUGCGACAAAGCUUGAGUCUACAUUUCAGGUUCAGUACUCAGAUGGAGAUGAGGAGGAGGAAGAGGAAGAUGAAUCCAUUUGUAUGACUGGUGCAGGCUCAAGACCUUUAUCAGUGGAACCUAGACAAUCAGAGCACGACAUCAUGUCUCAACAUCUGCACUCAACUCAGCCAUCAGAGAAUGUGCUUAGUGACCAAACGAAGGACCGCCACUCUGAACAGACCACUGGGCUUGUGUCCUCAUUACCGAAACGGGAGGCCUCUCCUGAUAAAGACAUCAAAGAGCAGCAUAAAGAAGGACACCAUAGACUCUCCCCUGAACUAGAAAAGGACACCAGGACAACUGAGACCACAUCAGGACCCCAUCUCAGCCAAGAGCCCACCAUUGGUUUCCCUACCAUGAAAGAGGAUCCAGUCUCUGCUAUCUCUACCACUAAAAAAGAACCAGUCUCAGAUUCCAUCACUACAGACAGCCAGGCUAUAAGUUCAACACUAUCAAGCACCGAUAGCCAGGCUAUAAGUUCAACAUUAUCAAGCACCGAUAGCCAGGCUGUAAGUUCAACACUAUCAAGCACCGAUAGCCAGGCUGUAAGUUCAACACUAUCAAGCACCGAUAACCAGGCUAUAAGUUCAACACUAUCAAGCACCGAUAACCAGGCUGUAAGUUUAGCACUAUCAAGCACCGAUAGCCAGGCUAUAAGUUCAACACUAUCAAGCUCUGACAGCCAGGCUAUAAGUUCAACACUAUCAAGCGCUGACAGCCAGGCUAUAAGUUCAACACUAUCAAGCGCUGACAGCCAGGCUAUAAGUUCAACACUAUCAAGCGCUGACAGCCAGGCUGUAAGUUCAACACUAUCAAGCACCGACAGCCAGGCUGUAAGUUCAACACUAUCAAGCACCGACAGCCAGGCUAUAAGUUCAACACUAUCAAGCGCUGACAGCCAGGCUAUAAGUUCAACACUAUCAAGCGCUGACAGCCAGGCUGUAAGUUCAACACUAUCAAGCGCUGACAGCCAGGCUGUAAGUUCAACACUAUCAAGCGCUGACAGCCAGGCUGUAAGUUCAACACUAUCAAGCGCUGACAGCCAGGCUGUAAGUUCAACACUAUCAAGCGCUGACAGCCAGGCUGUAAGUUCAACACUAUCAAGCGCUGACAGCCAGGCUGUAAGUUCAACACUAUCAAGCACCGAUAGCCAGGCUGUAAGUUCCACUCUCUCGAGCACCGAUAGCCAGGCUGUAAGUUCCACUCUCUCGAGCACCGAUAGCCAGGCUGUAAGUUCCACUCUCUCGAGCACCGAUGGCCAGGCUGUAAGUUCCACUCUCUCAAGCACCGACAGCCAGGCUGUAAGUUCCACUCUCUCGAGCACCGAUAGCCAGGCUGUAAGUCUCUCAAGCACCGAUAGCCAGGCUGUAAGUUCCACUCUCUCGAGCACCGAUAGCCAGGCUGUAAGUUCCACUCUCUCGAGCACCGAUAGCCAGGCUGUAAGUUCCACUCUCUCAAGCACCGAUAGCCAGGCUGUAAGUUCCACUCUCUCGAGCACCGAUAGCCAGGCUGUAAGUUCCACUCUCUCGAGCACCGAUAGCCAGGCUGUAAGUUCCACUCUCUCAAGCACCGACAGCCAGGCUGUAAGUUCCACUCUCUCGAGCACCGAUAGCCAGGCUGUAAGUUCCACUCUCUCGAGCACCGAUAGCCAGGCUGUAAGUUCCACUCUCUCGAGCACCGAGAGCCAGGCUGUAAGUUCCACUCUCUUGAGCACCGAUAGCCAGGCUGUAAGUUCCACUCUCUCGAGCACCGACAGCCAGGCUGUAAGUUUCACUCUCUCGAGCACCGAUAGCCAGGCUGUAAGUUCCACUCUCUCGAGCACCGAUAGCCAGGCUGUAAGUUCCACUCUCUCGAGCACUGAUAGCCAGGCUGUAAGUUCCACUCUCUCGAGCACCGAUAGCCAGGCUGUAAGUUCCACUCUCUCGAGCACCGAUAGCCAGGCUGUAAGUUCCACUCUCUCGAGCACCGAGAGCCAGGCUGGUGUGGAGGAAUCCCCCCAGCAUGAAACACUGCUGCCUUCUAUUACAACAAGCAAAGAAGCAUCUAAUACGGAUGAAAAGGCGAAGCAUGUUUCUCAAAAAGGAGAGGAGAAACCAGGCAAGGAAGCUGAGAGGGAAUUGGAAACAGAGCGGGAAGUUGCUUCCCCGGGACACACAAAACCUUGUUCAUAUUUUCUCUUGGAUAAAGAUUCUGCAAAGUUUCCGGAGGAAGUGGGCCAAAUUGAUGCUACAAAAGCAGACAGUGCCUCUGAAAAUGUGGAAGGUUUUGACAAAAUGAGAACAGAGAAGGAGGCGAUCAGUGUGGGCUUGCAAGAAGAAAAUCAGGGCUUUGGCAUGUCUAAGUAUGAACCCGAUGAAAAGCCCAUUUCGAAAGCAGAGGCAUCAGACAAUAAAGAAGCCAGUGAGGUUUCUAGAGAGUUUGAUCAGUCAGCACAUAUUGGCGUUGAUGAUAACAGGAGAACUAGGCAGGCAGACGCUGGUGCAGCUGAAUUCGACUCAGAGGACGAGGAAAAAGAGGAACCGCUGUCAUUCAGUAGCGUUGAUUACACUCCCCCACGUUUCACAGAGAGCGAGAGAAGCCCCAGUUGUAGCCCAAGUGCCUUCCCUGAACACAAUGACAAAGAGAAAGGUCAAGAAGAAGAGAGUGAUAGGAAGGAGGGACAUGCUACACCACACGUGGAAAACAGCUUUGCAUAUUCAGAGACUCAAGACAACAAAACCACCCCAGCAGAGCCAUGCUCAUUACCUUUCAAUCUCAAAGAAGAUAAACCUGAAAAAGUUGAGAAAGAUGAAAUGAAGGAUGAUGCCUGGUCGGCCCCUCAAACAUCUACAGGAGAGACGGACAAGACUGGAGCAUCUCCUAGUAUAGAGGAGUAUCUGCCAGUCCAGUCAUGCAGAAAGGAAACAGCCUCUCUGUCAUGGGGCCAAUCCAACCUUGGUGCCCAAGCCUCAGCUACUGCCAUGCUUUUUGAAGACAUCCCUGAGAAGCAGACAACAGAGAAGGAAAAAGAUGAGCCAGUGAAAGACAAGUUGGAUUCAUCUGAUAGUGAGCGAGGAGACUCUCCCUCUGGUCGCUACUCACCAGCGGAGAAAGACAUGUUACCCCGUCAAGUUUCGCCUAAGGAAAAGGAAAAUCAGGCUACUGCUGCCCCCCUGGCCGCGUACUCAGGACAUCUCAUAGACGAUAAUGUUCUUGCAUCUGAGUACACUCAAAUUGGCAGCUCUAUCACCAGUAAAUCUACAAUGGGCUAUUCUGAGAGAGAAGACACCCCGGACAGUGUGUAUAAGAGGCUACUGGUGGUGGGAGAGGAUUAUGAUGAUGAUGAUGACGAUGAUGAUGAUGAAGAUGAGGACGGUGAAGAUGCGGAGGAAGAAGAAGAAGAAGCCAGUGAUCUAGAUGUGGAGAAGGGUGCAAGAGAGCAGUCUGAAAAAGAAAUCUGUAAAACGACAUCGGAUGAUACCACGCCUUCUAAACUUCUUGUUACAGAAGAAGAGGACAAGAAGGCCCUCUCACCCGAACCCAACCUCCUCAAAAAGGAGGAACCUACCCAUUCAAUGACCACAAUCUGCCCUCCACUGGUAGAUACUGCAGAUUCCCUUUUGAAGAAUGUAGUUGGUGCCUCGCCACUCCAGUCUGGCAGUUCCACUGCAAUAGAACAAACAGGAUCUGGAGGAUAUCCUUCUGAAUCUUCAGAGUUUUCUGAGGACAGCCAGCUGGGGUUAAAGGAGGAGAGGUUUGACAGUCCUGACCUAUCUCUGCCCACCAAGUCCAGUGAAGAUAAACAUUACAGUCAGGGAGACAUUGAAGCUGAGAGGCAGAGAAGCCCAGAUACCGCUAGUCGAAAACCAGAGGAAGCUCCUUCGUCUUACCUCCCAUCUGCCUCAGCUUCUCUAUCAACAAGCCACCAGUUCCGAGAGGAGGUAGAGAGUCCCGUUACAGUGUCUAGUGCCCCCUACAGGACAGAUUCUGAGGUUGCUUCCUUUGAGUAUUCUUCAUUCAAAGAUGAAGAAUCCUCAGUCAAGCACUCAAUCCUCUCAACCACAAGGGUAAUACUAAAAGAGGAGUACCUAGAAGCCUCUGAAAAGCUUACCUCAACAACUACAACUACAUUCAGUCUGACACAAGUCUCUCCAGUCUUACCCACUCCAGCCAAAGACACUAUUCAACAAGACACAUCAUCAAGCCAUAAAAUGGACAAGGGUCAGACCUCUGAUACCUUUCAUAAACUUGAGGGCAUUGUUGAAACCAAAACCAUGUCUGCUGGGGCUUCAGAACCAUUAAGUUCCCAGCUGUCCAAACCCGCUGAAACCAUAUCCACUUCAAGGGCUCUCUUUGAUGUUUCCCCAUUGCAAAGAGCUGACUCUCCUGACAGAGAAUCCCAGGGCUCAUUGGACAGCAAAGAGUCCUACACUCUUCCAUGCCGCAUUGAAUGCCAGAAAUCUUCAGUGACAGAGCAAAAAGAAGGCAUGCUGUCCAUAACUGAGACACACAUGGUCACCAUCGUCUCCAGUACAACCACAACAGUGACCCAAUCUGAUGUGGUGACAAAACCACAGGAGUCAACUGAAGCCUCUUCCAAUGGGCCUACUGAGGUUCGCACAAGUGCCCAAGACGUCUUCAGUGAAGCAAGCAAAGCCUCUUGUGCCACAAUGUCAGAUCUACCUAAAUCUGAUCUGCUUAAAUCUGAUCAGAAAAAGGAGGAAGAAGAAGAAGAGACAAAGAAAGAUAAAGAUCAGAUGGAAAUGAAAGUGGAGGAGAAGAAAGAGAGCAAAGUAGAGACCCUAAAGGAGGACAAGGAAAUGCCAGAGCAAAAGGAUAAGGAGAAGAAAGAGAUGGCUGGAGAGGAGGAAGAGGUAGAGGAAAAGCAAUUGGAGGAGAAAGACGGGAAGGAGGAGGAGAAGAAAGACCAGGCUGAUGAGGAGAGUGAAAAGGAGAAGGAGAGGAAAGAGGGAGAGAAAGAGAAAGUAGAGGAUAAAAAAGCAGAGAAACCGGAAGAGAAGAUGUCCGAAAGGAGAAGGAGUAGCUUAUCUGACUGGGAACUCCUACAAGGGCCGGGCGCAUGCCCAAGCGCCCCUCCAGGCUAUGAAGAUGACAGGGAAGAGGAGGAGGAAGUGUACGAAACGGAAGAAGCAGAAGAAGCAGAGGAAGAAUAUGGCGAAGAAGAAUGCGUAGCUCCAGGCCAGCCCACCCCUCUGUCCACAGCAGAACAUGCCCACCAUACAAAGGCAUCUGCCAAAAUAGAUGGAGUAUCCAGUCGUCCCACUGACCUGCAUAUGGAGGCUACCUCCUCGUCCCCCCCUAGCUACUCCUCAUGUGAAUACAAACACAGCAAAGGAGAAAUCUCCCCAUCCUUCAUCAACCCAAGUCCACACGCCCUCUCCAGCGAUGAUGGCGAAGAGGACAAAGGGAGCGACCACUCUCUUGAGGGGGAUGAAGACGACCGCGAGCAACACUCGGUCAAGAGGAGGUCUCACAAGCAGAAGCGACAUCUCACUCAAUGUGGAGCUACUGGAGCAGGGGAGGGGUCGCAACCAGUUUCCAUGCCUCCUGGUGGCAUGGCAACUGGACUCGGGGUGGUGCUAGCUGGAGAGGAGACGCCCCCCACAUCAGUGAGCGACUCAUUAGCUUCGGAGUCUGACUCAGACGUACCUCCAGAGACCGAGGAGUGCCCGUCGAUUACAGCAGAGGGAAACCUGGACUCAGACGAAGAUGCAGAACACCUGCCGGUGGACAAACUAUCUGCAUCUGCCACCGGAGGGGGCCAUCAACCCCCCUCGCCCAGAUCAGCUGCGAAGGCCCACGACCCCAUACCUGCCCCUAUGAAGGACCCCCUCCCUCACCCGCCACACCCUGAUGUGUGCAUGGUGGACCCAGAGGCCCUCUCUAACGACCAGAGCAGCACGGAGAAACUUCUCAAGAAGGAUCACAAGACAACGAAGAGCCUGCGGAAGGGCCUGGGCAAACCUAAGUCUGCGUCCCCAGCCCGGAAGGGGAAGAGGUCCACCACCCCUGUGAAGCAGACCUCCAAGGACUCCUCGCCUCGAUCGGCCUCUCUGAGAAGGAGGGACACGGAAAGGAGCUCCAGGCUGAUGCAGAAGUCCGAGGGCCUGGGAUCCAAGGGGGACCUACACGCUCCAGGGAAAGGCCUGGUGAACGGCGUCAAGAGCAAUUUGGGUACCAACUCCCAGAAAUCUAGUUCAGCCGUCCCCCCUGGGCCUCCAAUCUAUGUGGACCUGGCCUACGUGCCCAACCACUGCAGUGCCAAGAAUGUGGACCAGGAGUUCUUCAAGCGGGUGCGUGCUGCGUACUACGUGGUGAGCGGCAACGACCCGGCCGGUGGAGAGCCUAGUCGUGGUGUCCUGGAUGCCCUUUUGGAGGGCAAGGCCACAUGGGGCUCCAAUCUACAGGUGACUCUGAUCCCUACUCAUGACACGGAGGUGACACGGGACUGGUACCAGCAGACGCACGAGAAACAGCAGGACCUGAACAUCAUGGUCUUGGCCAGUAGCAGCACAGUGGUCAUGCAGGAUGAGUCCUUCCCUGCCUGCAAGAUUGAGUUCUAAGUUCUGCACCCGUUGCUAUUUUACCUUCCUCUUCCUCCUCUUCCUCAUCCGUGCUACUCUUUAUCCUCCCAUAUGUAAGACUCCAUUGCAUUUGCUGUCGUAUUCGGCAUGUGCACUAGCUUCCAACUGGUCAGUGUUAUCUGAUAACAGCUACGGUAUGUCAGGCAGAAGCAUAGCUAAAGUACAGGGUACACGGUAGCUGUACAAAGGUGUGAUGUAUAUUUCUUUCAAUUAUGCUUUCCAUUUAAACAACAUACUUGCAUGAUUAAAAACACCUCUUUAUUA